AUGGAUGAAGGAUUCAGUGGGACUGUCAGGAUAUCAAACAUUACCCGUGAUUUCAUCGACACAAGCGCGAAUUGCAUCAUUCCACUCGAAACAAGGAUUGUUGAAGAACCACUUGUUGCAGUGAGGAAGAGAGAUCCCGUCAAAAAUGGGGCCAAGAAGGGUGCUGUGAAAAUAUCUCUUAACGACUGCCUCGCAUGUAGUGGUUGUAUCACAAGUGCAGAAACAGUCUUAGUCGAGGAGCAGUCGAUCACGAGGUCCCCACAAGCCGUGACUGGAGCGCUAGUGAAGGACUACCUUUCUCGGCGACUUGAAGUACCCGGUCGAUUCAUCUACCCACGCCUGCUGGAAGUUGAUAGUUUGCUUGAUGACGUCAGCAAUAUAACUGAAUCCGAAGCGGAUGGAUGGCUAGGCGAUUUCUCUCGAGGGGUUCUCUACGGGAACCCUGGUGGAACAUCCGGCGGUUUCGCAGAAAUGCUCGUCAGAAGAUUCGCUGCCGAGCACGGCGGAGAAGUGCGAGAGGAGAGGCUAGCAAAAAAUCUGGACGUCCUAACGGUGCAUCGAAAUGGCGAUGUGGUUUUACGAGCGGCUAAAGUCUAUGGCUUCAGGAACAUACAAAACCUAGUCCGAAAAAUGAAAAAUGGCAAAAGCCAUUACGACUACGUUGAAGUCCAGGCUUGCCCUAAUGGUUGUGGGAAUGGUGGAGCGCAGAUUCGGGCCGAUACCACUGAAGAAAGGGAAAACAUUCUGAGUAAGCGUAGAAGAAUCAUACGCAACGAUACAAGUGAAAUUGCUGGAGAAUGGAGUCGUUUGAAUCCAGAGCUGGAAGAAGUUGUUAUACACUGA